AUGACUGCAGAAUCGAACCAUCUGCAAGCUGAUCACAUCAAUACGCGUCAAUCACCGCAGCGAUAUAGCGAUGGUGAAGCAGCGAUCGAUCCGAAAAUUGCCCAUACGAGGUUCACGACGAAAUCCUUCAGUUUGCGCGAAGUUAAGAAUCGAAUUUUGGCCAAGAAUAAUUCCGAUGUUGUCCGUCAAACUUCAUCAACGCAUUUUCAAUCGGCUGAUUCUAUCUGCAGUAAUAAUAAACGCGAAUGUUUUCCUAUGACAACCGAUCCGAAAGUGGUUUCAAAUGAUAUUGACACAUCGAUUGAUUCGAAAGGGCGUGCACGGCCACUGAAUAGAGCCCGAACUUCGAUGACGCGUUCACGUUCAUUUUCUCUAAAGCGUUUUACAAAUAAACUUUUCUCGAAAGGUGUUACUGCUACCAAUAUUAUCAUCGAAAGUACUAAUCAUAGUACUACCGACCUCAGCUCUUCUUCUAAUACUCUUUCUACUUGCGAUAUUGCUGUCGCUACUCCUACUGAUGGUGAUGGAAACAAUGCGGUGCAAUGCUUGCUUGCCAGUGAUGCUGAUUCUUGUUCAGAUCGUUUCAAUGAGCAUUUUGAAGCUGUGGAUGAGCCAAUAGUGGUGAUGCCUUUACCGCAGCAGUACGCUCGUAUCGAUUCAGCCGACGAGACUGCACCCCAGAUGCGUCCCAAAUCACGCUCAUGGUCGCAUAAUGACGUAAAAAACAAGAGCAUUCAUUCCACGUCCGUUCUUUCGAGCAAUCUCCUCUCGCGUAUUACUCCAAAUGAUGCAAAAAGAUGUGCAACUGUUUCAACUCGAAAAUAUACCGAUAGUUCAGCACUACAAAAACAGCCAUUUCUAAGACGACUUCUAUUGCCAACACGUAAAGGAGGAGGCGUGAAUGUUGAUAAUUCGAACGCAACAUUGAAGCCAUCAAACAGUCAACUAUCGUUACCUAUCGAAGAUGACUUCAACGAAGCACCAGGUGGAAUGCGACCUAAAUCAAAAUCUUUCAGUAACACAUUCGAAGCGUUCCAUUCAAAUCGGAAUCCGUUUGCACGAUCAUUACCAGCCGAAGUCAGCAGCAGUGUUCCAUCAGUUUAUGAUGAUGAAUGUAUAAAAGAGACAGUAACCGAAAAGCAGUUUUCUCAGCUUGUUGCAACGAAACACAUUUCGCAUUCCGAAUCAGCCCUCGGUGCUGAUUAUCGAAUCAAACACCAAAACAAUCAACGAAAGACUGCUUUAUCAGGAAGUUGUUCACCACUCUACCUACCCACGCGAAUUCGUUUCAGUCUAAGUGAUAGUGGGACGCAGAAUGAUUUUGUGGCAUUACUGAACCAUCUACAGUAUAAACGACGCCAUCCUCAGCUUGCAGUUACUCGCAAUAUAGUAAAGGUCUUCUUCAAACGGGUACACAAAAAGUCUAGACACAUGUUGACAGUGCGCGAUCACAGAUACUUGAAUCAUUUCUUCUUUUUUUACAGAUCGAAACAUGCGAUGAUGAGAAAUAUUUCUUUACGUCUUUCACUCAACGCGACAAAAGUUUCACAUUACUCCUAUACGUUUGGCAGUCGUCUAUCGAUGGCGCUGUGCGAUUUAAAAUUAUUUGUCGAGAUUUUUGUUGUAUUCGAAUAUGACUCAAUUGUAGCACUUUUUUUGGGAAAAGUAAUGUACAAAAUUGUACCAAAAAAUGCUCGCACAGUGCAUCAACUCAACUUGGGCAAUCUCACCGAAGGUGUCUCGGAGGAUGCCUCACUCAAUAAAUAUUCAAGUACGGAUUCAGUACCGAAUAAUUGUGCUUGUUUGGUCUCAUCGGAAUGUGCAGAUAUGCUCAAUGAAAGCAGUGAUGAUAUGAGCAAUAUGUCUGAGGGCGAAUUUGAUUCAAAAGUGAGUUGUCGAUGUAAAUCUCAUUUUGGCAAAGUGCUUCUGGAUGACGUGUUCCGUUUGCCCACUGAGCAGCUAUUCACGAUUCUGUUCUCUAGUAUGCCCUGGUAUAAUCAGUUGUCGGAUAUCGUCAAAACAACAGCGCAGUCGCGACUGUUCGAGUCGAUAAGCGCUCGCAGCAAAAUGAUAUAUAUGCACAUUGCUGAAGUGUUUAUCGUAACGCUAACUACUAGAAUGAGUUCAGACUACUCGGCCUCUCCAUGGAUCACGGAUCGCACGAAGGCAACCAUCUCAACGCGAACGGCUACAUAUACGAUGGCAUUGAAUCAUGCAAUGGCACCAAAAAGUACUACUGUCACUGAAAAACAAGUAUGCGCUGAAUUCGAUCGUCUCAGUGAUGGUUUCGUUGUUACGAAAGAAAGUCAAAAUGCGGGCAUACCCUAUGCAGAUAGCUUCCUCAUUCAAUGUACAUACUGUAUCACGAGAAUCGGUUCUGUACAUUCACGUCUUCGAAUUCACGGUGGUAUCAUUUACAAAAAGAGUAUUUGGGGUAUCGUUAAAGGCUAGGUGAAAGGUCAACAGCAUAAUGGGACUCAUAUGAUAGGUUCACAUUCAAUGGUCGAUAAUAAUCCUUCAUUGUCUCGAGAUUUGCGUACACGCCUUCGAAACACUCUUACUGAAGAAGCACAAACGCAAACAUUACCCGUUAUUGCGACAACGGAUUUAUCUUAUUAUGCAAAACUUAUUAUAACCUUAAAUAGUGAUUCUUCGGCAAUCGCUGAAUUGAUGCGAUUCGGGUCGAGCGCGGAAAUACCACAAGAUAUAAGCGAAUUGAGGCAAACUAUUGAUCGUGUUCACACUGAACUCGCUCACGUUCGUCAGCUAUGGCAACGUGCUAAUGAUCCAUCUUAA